AUGGAGAAGGUGAACAUCGAGCCAUGUGUGAAGAUGGACACCCAAACCCUUGAUCUUCUCAAGAUAAGAGAUGAUGUCACAUGGUACAUAAGGAAGCUAGGCUUGAGCAAGCUCUUCAAGCUAGAAUGUAGUGAGUACUCACAACUCACCAAGGAGUUCCUCUCUACAGUAGCUCUUGCCUUUCCCAACCACAAUGGAGACCAACCAGCUGGUGAAGGACUCCUACUCUUCAAGAUAGGCGAUGCCAAUGGGCGCAUCUCCAUCUCAGCUCUAUGCCAACUCUUUGGACUUCCCAAUGAGACAGCACAUGACUUCAAGGAGAACUCAAAGAGGAAACAAGCUGCCUUUGCUGAUUGGACACACUUUGCCAAUGAACCAUUCUUGCCUUCAAGGUCAAAGGUGUCUAGAAUCACUCAUCCAGCCAUUCGCUAUGUGCACCGCCUCAUCUCCACCACUUUCCAAUGCAAACAAGAAGCCAACAAGGUCACAACUGAUGAGUUCUACAUCCUCACCACACCAUUCAUCAAGCAUGAGUACAAGGCCAACCUUGGACUUUUACUUGCCAAGACAUUCAUCAAUGUGAGGAAGCUAGCUAAAGACUUGGAAGGCAACAAGAAGCUUUGUCACAUCCACUUCCUAAACCGUUGGACUAAAGACCCAACUCGGUUUUGCUAUGAGUUUCCAAUUGGUCCAGCCAACACUUCCCUUGUCUUGCUGCCACAUGAGGACAUCCCAAGCCUACGCUCAGGAGUUGUCACUUUCCAGCCCAAUGAGGAAGAGUUCUAUGUUCCAUCAAGUGAGAAACCAUCAUUCCCCAUGCUCACCUAUCGCACACUUCAGCAUGCAGUCAAGACUCAACGCCGCAUCCAAGAACGCCAUGUUCUCACUACUGGCAUGGCUGCGCACCAAGCUCUAGACCGUGUUAACAAGCUGGAGAAGAUAGUGGAAUGCCAAUCUCGCUUCAUCUCGCGCCUAGUCCGCGUAGUUCGCCACAUUGCACCGGAGAGACUCUUUCGCCCUUCUUCCACCGCUAGAGAGCCAUAUGAGCCUGACCUUGGUGAGUUCUCACUAGACUCAGAGCUUGGUUCAGAAGGCGAUGACCCCAUAGAUGAGGAAGAGAGUUCUUCUCACUGCCACACAUAG